AUUCGCGAAAUCGGACGUGACAUUCGAAAAAAAUACAGCAGUGAAACGCUGAAUGGUCCACGUUUAUCCAUCGUUGGAAAACAAGAUAUAUUAAUUAAACUGUGUCUACUAUAAUUAAAUAUACAUAAAAAGGAGGAAAAUCCAUUCAGCUAAAAAAUGACAAGCUCAGUGACAACAAAUCAAUCUACUUUGCUGCCACUCGAGUUGGUAGACAAAUGUAUCGGUUCCCGGAUUCAUAUAAUAAUGAAGAACGAUAAAGAAAUCGUCGGCACUCUCCAAGGUUUCGACGACUUUGUCAAUAUGUUACUUGAGGAUGUAACGGAAAGUGAAGCAACUCCAGAAGGUCGUAGAGUAACAAAAUUGGACCAGAUUUUACUAAAUGGAAACAACAUUACGAUGCUCGUUCCCGGAGGAGAAAUGCCAGAGACGUAGAAAACAGGAACAUCAACUCUUUUUUUCUACUUAUAAAAAAUUCUCUCUGAUAAUAAACUACCUCUUUUUGUAAA